GGAUGCAUUGCAAAGUCAAAUGGUAAAAAUUAGUAUAAACGAUGAAAAGAAUGUUAAUGAAAAGAGAAAAUCUAAGAUGUAUGCCUAUCUGUCUGGUCACAAGGGCCCUCUCCUCAACUUGUGCCCGCCAGUGCCACCUCAAACAACUCCUCCACCGUACCUGCCAGCCGCCACACGGCAGACCACACCUGCACCUACAGCACCGCCAGCAGUGUCCUCACCGGAUGUCCCACCUCCGGCCAAGCCACCGUCUGCCCUGAAUCUGGACGAGCUCGAGGGAGCAGUUGGGGGUCUAGUAGGACAGACAGCAGACUCCACCACAGCAGGAGAAUGACAGCUUCGCCAUCCCUGGAAAAAGGUGUGUGUGUGGAUCCAGCAUGACAAAAGCAAACCUGAAUUUAAUUUUCUCUGCUGCAAUAUGGAGUUAAACGCUUUGUUCGAAGAACUACUGACAGCAGUUCACAAGGGAAGAGCAUCACUCAUCCAGCCCUACCCCGCUGAGGUUUGUCUGAGCCAACCCGGGGAUUUGAAUCAGCCAUAUUAUAUUUUGCUCAUAAUGUUGCUCCUCUAAUGUUUAAGCUGCACUUUGGUUUAGGGGUGGUUGUGUCAGCGUGGGGGAUUUGUGUUCAGUCUCAGGCUGCUAUACUGGACAAGGCAGAAGUAAAACAAACCUUGGAUUGGCAGUGUGACAUGUUUUGUGAAUAUAUGCCCACAGCUAACUAUACCUCCCAGAAUAAUUGCUCAUUAUAUUCCCCAAUGAUCUGCUGCCGUUCCUGCCUGCAGAGUCUCACAGCAGUAGAUGUAGAGCAUAUAGAAUGUCUGUAUUUCUGUGUGAAUAUGUUGCUGUUGAUUUCUAAGGAAAUUUACAAACGGUAAUUCUCUGCCCACACUGUAUGAUAGCUAUGGUAAAAAUAGUCUCAUUGACAGCAGCAUUGACAGUCUUGCUGUUUCUGAGUGAAAUGUCCUGCUAAUACUCAAACAAGCAGGAGAGGAAAUGUCCCAAAUUAUUCGGUUCAAGACGAGGCACUGAUGCUUUGCUAAAACGCAACGUACUCUCCUCCAAGUAGAUGCUAUUGAAAUUACAGUGCAAUAACGUACAGUCCUUUUAAGGACUAGUUUCAUAGCUUUUCAUAA